UUCUUUCUCCAAUCCUACCUUCCACAGAGAAAAAAAAAAGAAGAAGAAGAAACAACUACAAUGAAGUUGUCGAUGAGCUCUCUGUCGACUUUGGCACUUAUUCUUUUCACGGUGCUGGCAACAAUCCAUUCCUCCCAAGCGCAAAACGCGCCGCAAGACUACGUGAACGCCCACAACGCCGCCCGUGCCCAGGUGGGCGUCGGGCCGAUCGCCUGGGACGAAACCGUCGCGGCCUUCGCCCGGAACUACGCCAACCAGAGGAUCGGCGACUGCAAUCUCGUGCAUUCGGGCGGCGGCGGGAAGUACGGGGAGAACCUGGCGAAAGGCAGUGGCGACUUCACGGGGAAGGCAGCGGUGGACCUGUGGGUGGCGGAGAAGGCGUUCUACAACUACAACUCGAACUCGUGCGCGGCGGGGAAGCAGUGCGGGCACUACACGCAGGUGGUGUGGAGGAACUCAGUGAAGGUGGGGUGCGCUAGGGUUAGGUGCAACAAUGGCUGGUGGUUCAUCACCUGCAACUAUGCCCCUCCGGGCAACUACGUCGGCCAGAAGCCUUACUGAAUGGAUCUAACAAUCAACCAUCUAUAUAUAUAUGAUCAUGCAUGCAUGCAUGCAUGGUUAACUAGCUAAAUGAAUAAAACUGGUAAUGGUGAAAAGGAAGCUAUCUAGAUAAAUAAAUAAAUAAAUAAAUAAUUUUAUUUUACUGGAGGUGUAUCUAUGUGUGUUUGUGUUUGUGCAAGUCAAUGAAUGAAUUUGGUACAACUUUUGUUUUC